ACAAGCUUGCAAGAUGGCGCUGGGAGGAAGGCUGUGAGAUGAGGAACAGGCUGGUAUAAACCGAGAGGACAGGAGAGGGAGAGGAGGAGAGGGGCAGGGGAAGCAGAGCCGCUGCUCCAGAUGCACUAAGAAGGUAACGCGGGGCGGGGGGGGGCGAUGGGCCGCGCGUCCCGCUCGGGCGCUGCGGGGCUCGCUGCAGCCCAGCCCUUCUGCCCGCUCUUUAUUUGCAGCCCUGUUUAUUUGCCCAUCUUCACAGGGUCGCUCGGGAGAGCCGCCGAGGUGGCCCCUCGCUCUCUGCCCUGCGAUAGCUGUGCCUAGCACCGGCGGCCGUCCCCGUGAAAACAAAAUGGGAUAUAUAUAUUUUCGCUUUCCCCUCGCCCUCUCUCCGUGUCCCGGGGCCCCUUCCCCUCGCGCUGCCCCGUUGCUUUUGGGGCCGGGGCGUGCGUGCGGUGCCUCUGCCGCCGUGCGGGUCUGGGGAUCGCAAAUGCGGGCUAUUCGGCUGCAGCGGCUAGAAACUUUCCCCCUCCUGUCGUGAUAUUUGUGUGUGUGUGUGCGUGUGCGCACACACGGGUGUGCGCUGACCCUUCCUCGCGGUGCCGGGCUCGGGGCGGGGGCCGCAGCUGCUGCCCGCCGGGGCCGGUCGGCGUGGGAGCGGGCGACAGCCCCGGAGCAGCCGUCUCUCCAUCUCCGUUCACCCUCUGCAACGCCUGGUUCUCCAUUCCGCAUCCGUGCAGCCACGUUCUAUUGAUGGCCUGUUGUGAUUUCAAUGGAACAUCAUGGGAUGUACCUGGCACGUCGGGCAGCACUGGAUGGAGGUGCCUUUAGCCCAAUGUACCUGGCAUGGUGGUAAAGUGAAGGUGAAAGGAAGAGAAGGUGGAGAUGGAACUGCCAAAUCAUGCCAAACAACUGCUACUGCAGCUGAACCAGCAACGAGCCAAAGGUUUCCUCUGUGAUGUGAUCAUUGUGGUAGAAAAUGCCCUGUUUCGUGCCCAUAAGAACAUCCUGGCAGCCAGCAGCAUGUAUUUCAAAUCCCUUGUCCUGCAUGACAACCUGAUUAACUUAGACACGGACAUGGUGAACCCCACUGUGUUCCGGCAGAUCUUGGACUUUAUUUAUACUGGUAAGCUCUUAACGACUGACCAGCCCGGUGAACAGAACUUCAGUGCUCUCCUCACCGCAGCAAGCUACCUCCAACUGCACGACCUGGCAGCGCUCUGCAGAAAGAAGCUGAAGCGGAACAGCAAGUCCUUCGCUGGCAAGGCCAGUGGCCUUGGUGUUGGGAGAUCUGCCAGGAGUCAGAGACUUUCCACUGCUUCUGUCAUUCAAGCUCGCUAUUCAGGGUCAAAUGAGGGGUUGAAGGGCUCGCAUUCAAAGGAGCUGUCAAAGGGAAAGCUCUCUGAUGAUGAGGUCUUUAUCAGCAGCUCCAAUCAAGAGAACUGUCACUCCUUAAGCAGGGGAGCCAGUAAGAAUUGUGGUGGGGGUGGUAGUGCAAAUGGGAGCACUGGCGACCAGGAGCUAGGCCUCGAUUUGUCCAAAAAAAGUCCAUCACUCCCUGUUGCAGCCUCCCACGAUGACACGCAGCACAGCGAAAGCCAGCAUGGCUCUCCUCAAUCUGCCUCAGUCCCUGCAGCCAACAGUGCCUCAUCGUUUGACGAGUCUGGAGUCGGAGCCUCUCACAGCAUAGCAGACAGCAGUGACCCCAUGGAGAUGGAUCUGAGUGAGGAGUGCCACCACUCGAUGACGGAGAGCAGCCAGCGCAAGGGCCUCCGGCAUUCAUCCCGUAAGAAGGAGUGGAUCAAGAAAGAUAAUGCCUUUGACCGAAAGGAUGGGGGCAAAGACAGGGAUGAAGGUGAAGGGCUGCCCAAUGGGAUCUUGCUCGGGCCCUUGUCCAAGUCUGUGGAGCGGAGCCUGGCUGGGUCUUAUGGUGCAGACCUGCCUUACUCGUGUAAGGAGGAGGUAGAAAAUGGUAAGGAGAACAGUGAUGACAGUGGCCAGAGUGAGAGUGAGAGUGGCGGGCAUACCAGUGCCAACUACGUCUACCGGCAGGAGGGGUUUGAGCCAGUGGCGUAUGGUGACAACCUGUAUGUCUGCAUUCCCUGUGGCAAAGGUUUCCCUAGCUCCGAGCAGCUGAAUGCCCAUGUGGAGACACACACCGAGGAAGAUCUUUACAUCAAGGAGGAAGGCACAUAUGGUGGCAAGGAUGAAGCUGAGGAUUUGUCCAACCCCAACCAGUCCUACUCUGCAGAGUCCCGGCCCUUCAAGUGCUCUGUGUGUGAGAAGAGCUACAAGGAUCCAGCAACAUUGCGGCAGCAUGAGAAGACUCACUGGCUGACGCGGCCUUUCCCUUGCAACAUCUGCGGCAAGAUGUUCACACAACGGGGCACCAUGACACGGCACAUGCGCAGCCACUUGGGGCUCAAGCCCUUUGCUUGCGAGGAAUGCGGGAUGCGCUUUACCCGGCAGUACCGACUGACAGAGCAUAUGCGUGUCCACUCAGGAGAAAAACCCUACGAAUGUCAACUGUGUGGUGGGAAAUUCACCCAGCAGCGCAAUCUGAUCAGCCACCUCCGAAUGCAUACCUCUCCCACAUAAGCCAAAGACUCCAGAAUGAGCUUCAAGCCCAUCCGCAGUGAUUUACCUUUCUGUAAGACUUGCUGCUUAAAAAAAGAAAAAAGAAAAAAAAAAAACAAACAAAAAAGGGGGCAACUCCCCAUACUCUAUUCAGUCAUGGGAGGCCUAAACAAAUGGAGCUUUAACAUUUUUUUAAAAAGUUGUUUUCCUUUAAAAAAAAAAAAAAAAAGGUCCACAGCCAAGCUGAUGCAUUUAGUCCAACUCUCCCUCAAAAUCUUGGUGAUCUAGCAUGAAAUGUCACUUUGUUCCAUGUGCACUGACUUCACUGUCAUUUUGAUAAUCUGAAGCAAGAAGGUGGACCACAGGGAACUUUUGUCUCUGCUGGAUCCAGCCUCCCUGCCUCUUUCCUAUGCGAUGCUGUGGCCCUAGUCAUGUUCUUCUCUCUUAAAAUCAAACUCAGUAGGGUAUUUCUUGCCAUUCAAAAGAAAAUAGCAUAGAUCUGUGAAAAACAUUACAUAGCCCUCACAAACAUGGAAGCUGUGUCUGUGGACCAUCUUGCAGGGCUGGCAGCCCCUUUGGAUGCUGUGGUAAAGCCAAAGCAGUGGUGGAACCCACCACCCAUCCUGGCUGGGCUGGCCAUGGUAGGGACAGCCAUCUACCUAGGCAUGCAGCACCAGAGUGCUCUGCUUAAAGACAUGGUGAUACUUUCCCUGCCAUCCCUCGCUCAUUUGGUUUUAAUCUUUAUCCUUGGCACAAGUAACCACACAUCACCUUUUCCCACAAAACAUGCAAACCUCUUCAGCCUUACCCAUGACUGAACAGGGACUGGAUGCCCUGGGAAUUACUUUCAGUGAGCAGGGGGUCGUCUUUACUUUUCUAGUAGUUUCGUAUGAAUAUUCUUUGCUUAGAGGUACUUUUAUUAAAGGAAAAACCAUUGUAACGUUUAUGUGAAUGUUUGAACUGGAAGGUCUGAGGUUAAUUCUAUGGUGGGUGGGUAGGGAGGGGGUUUGAUGUAGGCGGACUUGCUACAAGUUCCUUAGGUACUUUUUUAUUAUUGUUUAUUUUAUUUUAUUUUUGUGUGUGUGUGUGUAUGUUUUUAGCUUUCCUCCCUCACUAAAGAACAAGUCUGUGUGGACAGACUUGCUACCUUUGCUACCUCUUGAAUUCAUGAGAACAAUAAGAUGGUUAGUGAAAGAUUAGGCAUUUUUUUCUGUUAUUGUAAGUAAUUAAAUGUAUAAAAGUAGAAGCUAAAUUAAAUUAAGGGAUUUUUACCACCCUGUCCUUCCAUCAAAAGUCAGCUAGAGAAAUGUUAAAGCAGAGCUCAGCCAAAGACAAAGCAAAAAAUAUGCUGAGCCAGAAGCUGUGCUGGUGGCUCGGACUGGCUCGCUUGUAGUCUCUUGGCUGUUUGUAGUCACUUUUAGAUAAAAGAAGAAAACUUCUCUGAGCUUUCUGGGCCCUUUCCAGCUUUGUUUAUUGAAUCUGGAUACUAUGGGGAGAGGAAAAUGCCCCCCUCAACUUCCACUCCCCCAGCACAUCUGGGUCAGUCUGUAAACACCUGGCAGGACAGAGGGUGAGGGCAGAGCAGCCUAUAAUUUACUAGAAUCCAGAGUGCAAUAAGGUGGAGGAGAGGAGGAAAAAGCAAACCAAAGUGUUUCAUAUCCUCCCUUUUACACAGUUUAACACACGCACACAAAAAGAAAGAAAAAUGAAAAGAAAAAGAAACAAAAUGUUCUUGCAACAUCUGCAUAAGACAUCACAGCCAACAGCUGCUAUUGGUUUAGGAGAAGAGACAGAGAACUUAGCCCACCAAUUCUUGGCCCCCUUGACUUUGUUGGCGUGACCUUGUGGAAAGCUGUGGCUUAUUCCAAGCCUCCUGUGACUGUGGUGGUAAAAAUUCACAGCCAGUAGAAUCAUCCCUUCUGAAUUGAGAAAAGUUUACACUUGUAUUUUUUCUCUCUCUUUUUUUUCCCACUCAAACCAGUAUAGUCUCUGCAUAGGGUUUACCAAACCUCACAUUUUAUCUUUUUUAAAAAAUAAAACUUUUUUUUUCAAGUUUUGACCAAAAAAAAAAAAAAGAAAAAGAAAAAAGUGAGCAUGUUUGUCUAAAACAAAGAAAUAUAAGCUUUUUUUUUUUUUUUUUUUUUUUUUUUUUUGGGUUAAGAUGGACUAGUCCAAAAGAAGUUGUUGGGUCAAUUGAAUGAACUGAGGAAGCUGGAAUCCAGGCUCCAAGCAAUAGACUAACCAAGCUGCGCCUUGGCCUGGUGUCACGUUACAGGGAACACGCUGCCCCUCUCCUGCCCGCUCUGCUGUGCUGUUUGCUCGUGCUAUUGUCUGCCUGCUCCGGCCCCGCUGCGAGCUGGGGGUAAUCAGGGGCGCACGGACUUUUCAUUUCUCAUUGUGCUGAGGCACGCUAUUUUCUUCUGGGGGGCUAGGUGUGUUUUUAGUGUCUUUAGCACUUCCACAUUUUGAAUUUAUAUUGAAUUUUUCUUCCCUCAGUUCCCUGCCAACCCCCCUCCCUAAGAACAUCCCCAAAAUCAUCUUUGGGGAAAACAGGGAAGGCCUUGCCAUCUACCUUCUUCUCGGAGUAAGUCCCAGCAGGGUGUAAGGACAGCCAUGCAAAAUUAGUUCCAAGGCACUUUCACGCUGCCUUCACCUUCCCUCCAGCAGCCUGAAAGCUGAGCUCAAUCCCAUGCUGGCUUUGGCUGCUGCCACAGCAGAGCCUCCUUUUCUGCUGGCUGACUCAGAACUCACCAAGUCCCGAUUUUCACAAUAAUCUUUAGCUCUCUUAGUGAGAAACAUGCAGCUGGCAAUAAGCUCUGCCUCCGAAGUAGGUUUUGGGCACCAUUUUCGCCCCUUUGCUCAUAGCCCUGCAGUGUGCUGUGGUGAUGGGGUAAGUGGGAGGGCAGCUGUGCAGAGGCCCUGGGACACAAAUAGAGCUGGGGCUGCUGAGCCAAGGCAUGGAGCACCCACAGCUCAGGGAAGCACGGUCAGAUCCAAAGUGGGCAACCAACCUGCUCCCCCUUGUUUAAUUCCAUUUUUACAAGCAUGUGUGUGAGUGACAUAGCCUCUCCUUCCCCUUCUAGGUCCCCUCUUCAUUUCUUUCUUAAGCUUUGAGAAUCAUUUUGAAAUUUCAGGACCCAAUGCUUCCCCCCCCCCCCCCUCCCCCCCCAGAGCGGCGUUUUUACUUUACCCCCCUCCCCCAGCACUUAAACAAUACGACAUAAAGUCUGUGUACAGCAAGAGUAUUGUACAAAAGGAAAUUUUGUUCUUUUUUCAAGUAGCUGUGUAAAGUUGUGUUCCGUAGAUUGAGUAUAGACAUUUUCCAAAUUGUGACAGUAAUAAUGAAUAACUAAUAAUACUCAAAACUUCAGGGACUGUUUAAGGCCUGCUUGGGGCCUGAACACUCAACUACAUUUGUACGACAUAGUAUUGUAUCAAACAUUUUUCUGUAUUUUAAUGAGAAAGCAAAACGCUAGUUUCAUAUUUAAGAUUUUAAGAGUUUUAGGGUGGGGGGAGGGAGUUGCUUUUUUUUUUUUUCCCCCAAGAUACACAGAGAGCCUCAAGAGGAAUAAAACAUUUAAAGAGAAAAAAAAAAAAAAAAAAGAAAGAAAAAAAAAAGAAAAAAAGAGGCCUGGCAGCUUAAGCAUAUGCUUUAGUCACUUAGUUCCAGAAUGUUUUCGGAGUAACAGGAAAAAAAAGAUAAAAUAGUGAAAGUUGUAUAAAAAAGAAGCUCAUACCCAAAUUCACAAAACUAUUUUUUAAACCAAAGCACAUUUGAAUGAGUAUUGAACCUCACUUGGCUCAGAAAAAUACUAAUAUAUUUAUCUCAUUGUUUACAUAAACUUUUACAGUUUCAGACCUCAACAGAUCUAGGGGCCAGUCAAAAUUAAUCUUUGCUUUUUCCAUUGGUUUCUCUUCUGAAGGCUACUGCAGGUUCCCCACAUUGGGAACUGCAAGCCGGCCUGCAUUCCAGCACUGCUCAGUGAGGGUGGGGAGGGAGAGCAGUCAGAACUAUGGCACGUAGAUUUAGGAUUUUUUGUGUCCAGCCCAUGAGGGAUGCUGCCGGGCAAGGCCCAGGCCCUCAUACUGUGCAGGCCCUGCUGCUAAUGCCCAUGGCCUACAGCCAUGGGGAGCAGCCAGCUUCUUCCUCAGAGGAUCCUGAGUAGGAGGGUAGAGGGCAGAGGAGCCCCAGGAGAUGGUAGAGGGGUGGGAGAAGUUCUGGGGAUCAGAGAAGAGGAGUGUUGUCAGAAACGAGGGAGCUGCAGUACCCAGCUCAUCUCCCUAGCACUAUCAAUGGCCGAGCUAGGUUUAUCUGUUUUCCAGCCCUUACUGCAAGACCUCCAAAACCAAUUCCUGGCAAAAAUAAAUGAAAGCCUAGCUCUGUGCAUUCGGGGAAGUUAGCAGGAGCCACAAAGAUCACAGAAAACACCAAAGAGCUAUUGACACGCAGCUUCUGUGAGGCUCUGUGGCUGCUGAUGUGGAAGAGUAUGCACAACUCUGUGCCACACUCUGUGCCAGCAUGGGCUGCGCAGAGGUGGCAUCUCCCUGCAAAAUGCAGUGGUGGCCAGGGAAGCUUUAAUGGUCUGGGGUGAGGGCACGAGUGUAGGCACGUAGCUCCCUUCUUCUGCCCAGAGCUGUGCUGGGGCCUGAGCUAUGCUGUUCUGACUAUCUGAGCCACCAUUUAAUUAAAGAGCUGGAGUGAUUCACUCCAUACCUUACAGUCACGUGCAAAGAGACCAAUCAAAACCCAUAAGGCUUUCUAGGUGAAAUCUAAGCUAGAUUUGCAUGUUAGAACAGUCUAAUGACAACCAAUGAAGAUGGUUUGCAAAAAUAUUGCUGAAGCCAAAAAAAAAAAGGAUUUUUUUUUAGAAAACCUCUUCAUCAUUAGUCUUGAUCCUUUGUAGCUUUUACCUUCUACACCAAAGCCACCUCAGUCAUUUGUUGGCGGCUGAUGGAAAAUGAAAUAUUAAUUUUGCCUGGUCUUAAUAUCUAACAAAGAUGGUGCAAACACUAUUUGACAGUGUUGUUUUUGUAUCAAGAUGUAUGUGCAGUAAUGAAUGUAUUUAUUUCUCAGAUUCUGUAUGCACAGUUUUGCAAUGUAAUUCAGAAAGUUGCAAACACAAAGAUGUGUCUGCAGGGUCUUCUCUACAGGAUUUCAAAAAAAAAGAAAAAAAUAUAUUUAAAAAAAAAAAAAAAGAAUCUCAGAGACUCUCAGCAUAGCCAUAAACCAUAACCUGUGAAGACAAUACAAAGACUGGACUUUUGUAGCUUUGCGUAGAAGAGGAAUUUAUGUUUUGCUGUAUUUAAAUGUUUCCAGUUACAGUGUCACUCUUUCUAAGAUUCCUAUUUUGUUUUUGUUUUUAUUUUCCUCUCUGUCGUGUGUUUAGAAAGCAUUGUUUUCAAGCAGUGCAGGUUCAGUCUGGGUUAGCAGUAUUUUACCUUGUCGCUUCAGUUCUGAAAAGCAGGAGUAUGGGUCUUGACCAGGGGAAACAUCCAGUGUGCUCAGUGGAGAAUGUAAAAGUCAUCAGAGUAACAGUUGUGUGCUUCCAGUUGCAGCUUGUGACUGAGAUGAGUCUAAAGUCCUGCCUGAAGGUCAGAACAUAGCUUCUUUUUAAAACUCCCUUUCAUCCUCCACUUACUGUUUUCUGUGGAAGCAAUAAGGCUCUCAGAAGUAAGGAGUCAAUGCCUAAGAUAGCUAGAGGAAACUCUGUGCCAAACUCAACAGCAUCUGUGCCAUCUUGUGAUGGGCCUCAUAAACGAUGUGGAAGCAUCAGAUUCCCAAUUGUGUAAGGUGACUAGAGUCCCUAGGAAAGGCUAUACUUCACAAGCCUCUCAUUUCAGUACUGGUAGAAUUAGCAGUUAUAGACCUGCACCAAUCUUAAAAAUUAGUAUAAAGAAAGGGGAUAUUUGUUGAUUUCCAGGAUCCUGGAGGAUUUAAGUGGACUUUAGCAUUUUUUCUUAUUUUUGUUUGAAUUUCAUGAUUUUCUCAGCAUGAACAAAGUUUCUUCAAAUACUGCAAAACCUUUUUUUUCAUAAGCUUACUCUUGUGCUCAAGAACUGGCCAUAAUCUUGGAAAAGAAAUUCUGGAAGUUCCUUUCCAAGGUUUUUUUGCACUGUUUUAAGUCCCAUGGUACCUUAUUGCCCUAAUUUUAGUGCAGGAGACAAACAGGUAAGGUUAUCUUUCCUCCUGUUGUAAUCAUCCUCUUCUUUCCCACUUUCUCCCGUUUUCCUAUGCAUUUUGAAGUCUAGUGUUGAACACAUAGGGAUCAGCAGAUCAGCGUUUAUUGAACAGAACAGACCCUGCAGGAUGCCACAUGGAGGGAGGGUUUAAAACAAUAUUUCAUGCAACAAAAUUUGCUGGCAGUUAUGGGCCACACUUCAUAGUGCUUGCUUUUCCUGAAUGGUGGGAUGUUUUUUUAGACUCCUCAUUCACAAGUUAUCAACUGAAGCACCUAGGACAGCUGUUCCAACUUCCACAAGCAUUCUAACUGGCUGAGGAUAACUUUCCUAAUGAGGACAGGACCUUACUUUGGCUGGCUGGAUAUUUUCUCCUGUUUUAUUUUAAUAUUUUAAAUGCAAUUAAAAGAGGGAUGUUCCAUCUCUCUCACUUUUUUUUUUUUUUUUAAUUUUAAGCCUUAACUAUCAGUCAGCUAGGAGCCCUGGAUGUUUCCUGGGGAAGGGGAGAAGAGGGGAGGGUAAGGGAAAGGCCGACACUCCUGCUGCAGUGUUCUGUUCAUUUCCUUCAAGAGCUUGAAUUCAGGUCAGAGCCACAUGUAGUUGUGGCUUCAACUCAAGUGUCAUAUAAAAAGAUACAGAAAGUAUAAUAUGAUCUCAGCAUUCAGAAAUUUGCAGUCUUAAUGUACAGUGAUGAGAAACUGUUAUUUUAUGAUCUUUUCAUUAAAAGCUUGAUUGAAAAAUUA